AUGGCUUCGAACAAGCUUCUUAUGCUCUCAGUUGUAGCCAUUUUUCUUCCUGCAAUGGCUAUGGCAACUGAUUAUAUCGUCGGGGAUGAUAGCAGAUGGACCAUCAAUUUCGAUUAUCAAGCUUGGGCAAAGGAUAAAGUAUUUUACGUGGGUGAUAAAUUAGUGUUCCAAUACCCUAAAGGAUAUCACAAUGUGUUCAAAGUAAACGGUACAGCUUUCAAGAAUUGUGACAUUCCACCGGCAAACCAAGCUCUCAGUUCCGGAAAUGACACUGUAGUCCUUAACACCCCCGGUAGAAAGUGGUACAUUUGCGGUGUUAGUAACCAUUGCUCUGCUUAUGCCCAAAAGCUUUUCAUCACUGUUCAAUACCAGUAUGGUUGGGCACCAGCACCAACCCCUCAAAUACUACAAGUUAGUCAACCAUGGGCACCAACUCCUGCACCCACUCCCUCUUCACCUUCAACACCAGCACCUACACCUUCAGUGCCAGACACAAUAGUUACUGACCCUUGGGCAUCAUCUCCAAUAUCUUCUUCACCUCCACUGCCAACACCUAUUGCACCUUCAUGGCCACCGGCUCCGUCUUUGCCUACAACACCAGCACCAACUCCUGAGCCUUGGGCACCAACUACACUUUCAGUGCCAGAAACAACAGUUACUGACCCUUGGGCACCAGCUCCUGCACCUUGGGCACCAUCUCCAGUAUCUUCUCCACCUUCACUGCCAACACCUACUGCACCUUCAUGGCCACCGGCUCCAUCUCCUUAUCCAUGGAUUUGA